GGGGGAUGGGCAGGUGGCUGAGAAGCCCCCGAAAGUGGGGAAGCCACAGGCCGCCCUCUCCUGGCCCUCUGGCUCCCUUAAGGCCAGCAGCUGAGCGCUCCUGCUGGGGCUGCGAGGGCAGAGCUGGGCGGCGAGCACACCACUGCGGGGCGGCUCUUAGAGGCGUGACCCAUCGGCAGGUGCCCGGACAGGGGUCCCACGCCCCGUGGCAGUCGGCCCUACCCCAGGGCUCCCGAGAAGCGUGCCCCUCGGCACUUUGUAAAGCUGGGUGGUGGUCCUUCUCCUCUCCAGUGAUUCCUGCUUCUCCCAGGCUGCCUGUCCCAUGAUGCUCCUAGAUCCCCCGCCCAGACUGAAGAGGAGUCAGUGUGGCUUCACUCUGGGGACGGCAGGACAGGGGGUGAGCAGGGGCCCUGGAGCGUCUGCCCAGAGGCCCAGUGUGGGUGACAGCCCAGGACAGGGACGCUGACAUUUAGCAGAGAGUGGGGCUGAUGGGGACGCAGCCCCUGGCCAGUGAGCCUUGGUGUUGGGAGCCGGGGGCCAGGCUUGGAGACCAGCCUCGGUGGUCUGGUGCGCACCAGAGGACGGCGUGCCAUCCGGGGAGACAGGCAGGUGGGGCAUGAGUGCUGAUGGACCGCCUGUGGGGGCAGAGAGCAGGGCAGUAGGGGCCAGGCGGGGCCGGGCCGAUGGCUACUCCCGGGAUGCUGUCUCAGGUGCCGCAGACAGGUGGGAGGGGUAUGGGGCUGACGUGGUGACCAGAGCAGUAAGGCCGGCCACUGAGCAGUCAGUAAUCACUUCAUUAACUGGUAAGCCAGGGGGCAGGUGGCAGGAGCUUGGCAGAUACUACCCUGCCUCCUGGCCGCCGCGGUCUGGCUCCUGGGAAGGCUGACCCUGGUCAGCCGCUUUCAAGGAGAGAUGUGCUGGGCCGUCGUGGUGUUGGGUAGCAGAGCUCACGGGUGGACGAGGCCUGGCUGGGGCAGGCAGGCUGACCCCUGAGGCCCCUGAGGCGGUGGGCCGCGUCUCUCCCUAGGACGUGGAGGACUGUAGAUUAACAAUUAAGCAUUGGACUUCCCUGGUGGCGCAGUGGUUGAGAAUCCGCCUGCCAAUGCAGGGGACACGGGUUCGAGCUCUGGUCCGGGAAGAUCCCAGUGCCGCGGAGCAACUAAGCCCGUGCGCCACAACUACUGAGCCUGCGCUCUAGAGCCCGCGAGCCACAACUACUGAAUCCCGUGCGCCUAGAGCCCGUGCUCCGCAACAGGAGAAGCCACCACAAUGAGAAGCACGCUCACCGCAAGUAGAGUAGCUUCUGCUCUCUGCAACUAGAGAAAGCCCAUGUGCAGCAACAAAGACCCAACGCAACCAAAAAAGGAAAAUUAACCAAAUUAAAAAAAAUUAAGCAUCUAUUUAGCCCAGGUGGCAAAUCCCAGGUGGAAGGCUACCCUUCUCCCAGAGUUUGAGUGGUGAGGCUGGUGAAGGGGGAGCUAAGACCACAGCCUCUGGCCCCUGAGAGCCCUGGCCAGUCCAGCCCAGAGCCCCAGGGAGCCCCAUCUCGUGCCCUGACAACAGGGCUCUUGUCAGGUCCUUGGGUGGACAGGCGUGUUGGAGGCCCCUGCAGUCCUACAGCAUGGGGGCAUGGGCAGUGGGCGGGAAGCCCGGCUCUGCAGACCGAUGCUGCAGUGGGUGACCUAGGGGUGCUGCAACCCCAGUGCAUCCCCAGUGGGCAGGAGCACCCACAGAUACCCCCAGGCCUGCAGAGGCAGUGUGGAGAGACAGGCUCCAGAGCCUUCUUCACUGAACAAGGAAGUGAGCCUGGCCAGUGCAGGCAGGUCUCACGGAGGAGAGGAGAGGACGGCCUGCGGUGCAGGUGUUGGGGGGCCGCCCCGGGGGGGGAGGAGGGGCAUGGGGUCGAGGUGACAGUGCAGAGUUUUGAGGGUUCAGCUUGUUGGCAGGAGCUGCGCAAGGGGGAGAUGGUCCAGGUCCUGCCCUGCCCCCCUCAGCUGAGCUUCCCCCGAGGUGGACAGAGGCCUCCGGGCAGGGAGGAGAACGCCCUGGCCUGGACACCCUGGGGACCAGGGCCUGGUGUGGGCGGGUGGGCAGCCUGGGACCUCAUUCUCCCACCUCUGCAUCCACCCACCCAGCCCCUUCCAGGUCUCGGCCCUCCCUGGUGGCAAUGCCUGCUGGGCCUCCUGGGCCGAGGCUGACCCCCGGGUCCUGUAUCCUGAGCGGCCUUUGCCCUGGACCACCACAGCCUCCUACUCAUCCCUGGGUUCCCGCCUCUGCUCAGACCCCAGCAUGGUCUUGGGGAGCUGGGCCCACCCUGGGUCUGUAGUUCCCUCUGACCCCAGAGCUGCGUUUCCCUUCCUGUCCCAGGUUCCCAGCUGCUUGGUCUAGCUGAGCCCCCUCCCACCCAAGGCCCAUUGCUGAGACGGGCAAGUGGCCUGGCAGGAGGGGCCACCUACGAGUGGGGCAGAGAGAGCCUCUGUGAGCCCCGUGGGAACCUAGGGGCUCCUGGGAUGCAGCAGCACCGUGGGCUGGGCUGCUGGGAGGGGAGGGGCCUUGGGCUUCUCGCCACUGCUCCGCCCUGACCGAGCCCCGUGGCCCCCUCCCCCUAGCCGGACGUUGGCACCAACCCCCGCUACUCCAGAGGCUUCUCCCUUUGCCCAGAGAUGCUCACUCGCGCCUCAUCAGCCGUGGUGGCUGGAGGAGCUGGGAGCCGGGCUGAGAAGGUGGCCAGGGGGCUGGUGGUUUCAGGAAAGGAACUGGGUGGGGGGGUGUCUAUUCCUCCCAAGACGGCUGGCCCCAGGCCCCUCUAGGCCUGCACCUGGGUUAACCUGGGGCCUGGGGCUCCUCGUUGGUCAGGUGUGGUAACCCCAGCAGUGCCCCAGAGGCCGGGGGACUAACAGGGUGACUGGACUCUGUGCCCACCUGUUGACCCUGCUGCAUGCCGGGCGCUGGGCACCAUGUGCUGCCAUGGGCCAGGCUGGGUGUUGGGGGACAGGCCGCCAGGAGGACGGGGCGGAGCCAAGUGCAGACCUGCCGAGCCCCAGCUCCCCAGGUGGGGGCCACACCGCCGUGUCCCUCCUCCUCUCCUUCUCUCACAGACGUUGACCCGGAGCCAGCUAGGUGCCUGGUGCUCCUUUGUGCUGCAUGACGGGGUUCUGGCCCCGAACCAGCCACAGGGCCGGAGUGGGGUGAGAGUCUGGGUGAGCGGGACGGGGGUGCGGCCGCUGCACCCCUGCUGUGCGCCUGCCCCCAAGGGGAGCGCAUGGACAGGCUCCCCUGGGCGCCCGCUGGCCCGCCCUGCUGACAGCGCUGAUCCCCGGCUCUGAGCCGCCCUUGAUCCCCUGAUCCACCGCAGGCCCUGGGAGGCCCCGGACCAGCUGCCAGGGGGCCGGGGGUCUCCUGGAGCCGAGGCCACCAGAGCCUCAGCCCACCGCUCUGCGGUGGGGGAUGCGGGGGACCGUAAGGCCGGCGCACCCCCAGGACCAGCAGCCGAGGUGGGGCGAGGGCUGGCUGGCCAGGAGGGAGGCCCGGAGCGCCACCAUGCCGGCUGCCGCCACGGAGGGCCCGCCUGCGGCCCUGAGCCUGGCUGAGAAGGCCGUGUGCAAAGUGGUGUACGGCGCCCCCCGCCCCCGCCCGCUGCUGCUGCCCGUGGGCCUGGAGCUGUGGCUGUACGUGCAGAAGAUGCGCCACCUGCAGAGGAAGAGGAUGGAAGCCUCGUGCCUGGAGCUGGCCCUGGAGGGUGAGCGGCUGUGCAAGGCUGGAGACUUCAAGGCAGGCGUGGCCUUCUUUGAGGCCGCUGUGCAGGUGGGCACCGAGGACCUGAAGACGCUGAGCGCCAUCUACAGCCAGCUGGGCAACGCCUACUUCUACCUGAAGGAGUACGCCCGGGCGCUGGAGUACCACAAACACGACCUGCUGCUAGCUCGGACCAUCGGUGACCGCAUGGGGGAGGCCAAGGCCAGUGGGAACCUGGGCAACACACUCAAGGUGCUGGGCCGCUUUGACGAGGCCGUUGUUUGCUGCCAGCGGCACCUGGACAUCGCCCAGGAGCAGGGGGACAAGGUUGGGGAGGCGAGGGCACUUUACAACAUUGGCAACGUGUACCACGCCAAGGGCAAGCAGCUGUCCUGGAAUGCAGCACAGGACCCUGGGCACCUGCCGCCUGCCGUCCGCGAGACGCUGCGCCGGGCCUCUGAGUUCUACGAGAGGAACCUGUCCCUGGUGAAGGAGCUGGGCGACCGGGCAGCCCAGGGCAGGGCCUAUGGCAACCUGGGCAACACCCACUACCUGCUGGGGAGCUUCACAGAGGCCACAACCUUCCACAAGGAGCGCCUGGCUAUUGCUAAGGAAUUUGGAGACAAGGCGGCAGAGAGGAGGGCCUAUAGCAACCUGGGGAACGCCCACAUCUUCCUGGGGCGCUUCGACGUGGCCGCCGAGUACUACAAGAAGACUCUGCAGCUGUCGCGGCAGCUCAAGGACCAGGCAGUGGAGGCGCAGGCCUGCUACAGCCUGGGCAACACGUACACGCUGCUGCAAGACUACGAGCGCGCCGCUGAGUACCACCUGCGGCACCUGCUCAUCGCCCAGGAGCUGGCCGACAGAGUGGGUGAGGGCCGGGCGUGCUGGAGCCUGGGGAACGCCUACGUAUCCAUGGGGAGCCCAGCACAGGCUCUGACCUUCGCCAAGAAGCACCUGGAGAUCUCCCAGGAGAUCGGGGACCGCAGUGGGGAGCUCACGGCCCGCAUGAACGUGGCACAGCUGCAGCUGGCGCUGGGCCGGCUGUCCAGCCCGGCAGCCGCGGAGAAGCCAGACCUGGCCGGCUACGAGGCCCAAGGGGCCAGGCCCAAGAGGACACAGAGGCUGAGCGCGGAAACCUGGGACCUGCUGAGGCUCCCCCUGGAACGGGAGCAGAAUGGAGACAGCCACCACGCGGGGGACUGGCGGGGGCCGGGCAGGGACUUGCUCCCCGCCCCCGUGAGGAGCAGGAAGUACCAGGAAGGGCCGGACGCUGCUGAGAGGAGGCCGCGGGAGGGUGGCCACUCCCCACUGGACAGCGCGGACGUCCGGGUGCAGGUGCCUCGCACGAGCAUCCCCCGGGCCCCCUCCUCCGACGAGGAGUGCUUCUUUGACCUGCUGAGCAAGUUCCAGAGCAGCCGCAUGGACGACCAGCGCUGUCCCCUGGAGGAGGGUCAGCCCGCAGCCGCUGAAGCCACGGCCGCCCCCACCCUGGAGGAGAGGAUUGGCCAGCCCUCGCUGACGGCCUCCCCCCAGACCGAGGAGUUCUUCGACCUCAUCGCCAGCUCCCAGAGCCGCCGCCUGGACGACCAGCGGGCCAGCGUGGGCAGCCUCCCCGGGCUGCGUAUCACCCAUAACAAUCUGGGCCACCUGCGUGGUGACGGGGACCCCCAGGAGCCGGGGGACGAGUUCUUCAACAUGCUUAUCAAGUGCCAGUCCUCCAGGAUCGACGACCAGCGCUGCCCGCCACCGGACGUGCUGCCCCGUGGCCCCACCAUGCCCGACGAGGACUUCUUCAGCCUCAUCCAGAGGGUCCAGGCCAAGCGGAUGGACGAGCAGCGGGUGGACCUCGCUGGGAGCCCGGAGCAGGAGGUGGGCGGACCCCCCGAGCCCCGGCAGCAGUGCCAGCCCGGCGCCAGCUAAGGCCUCGCACCCGCAGCCGGGCCCGCCCCACCCCCUUUCCUGGACCGGGGCGGCGGCCCGGGGGAGCUCACCAAUGUCCAGGAUGCCCAUAGCACCCCCCGUGAAGCCAAAUCCUCCCGAGGCUACAGCUGAGGGCAGGCUCUGAGCCACCCAGCCCAUCUCACUGAGCCGGACGCUGGGCACGCGGCCCCCGUGGCGUCCCCUCCCCAGGGCAGCAGGCUCGGGCCAGGGCCCACUCCUGUCCUGCGCCGGCCCCUCUCGGUAUGGUACGCAGCUUCCUGCAGGCCUGCCCCGCCCCGCCCCGCCCCGCCCUCGCCCUGCCCCUGCCCCAGGCCGGGCCUUCAGCAUGUCGGCCCCAAAGCCCGGUGCUGUCCAGACCUCCACGCUCCCGCCCUGCCCCCCGCCCGGCCAAAUGUGAAAACCCCGCUGACCCCAACCCCCAAAGGUGUCUCUGAAGCCUCUUCUCUGGGGCCACCAGCGGCACGGGCGUUUCUGUCCUCCUGAAGCCGGCCUCACCCCUGGGGAGGGCCCCCUCCCAGCCCCUCUCCCCUCCCUCCUACCCGGCCUGGAGGAGGAGGCCAGUCCCAGGAAGCCUGUAGCCUGCCAGGCAGUGGAGGCAGUGGCUCCUAUGUGGGGUCCCCAGCCCCACCAGGCACGUGCUCCUGAGCCGGCAGGGCGGGGAGGGAAGGGGGUGAGCUCCACAUUCCUCAGCUCCAAGCCCAAGAGCUCAGGAACUGAGCCGGCCCGGUUCUGGGAACACCAGCUGGUAGGGGUCUGCACCCUGACCAUGCCAGGGUGGGCGGCAGGUGCGAGCACCCAGCCCUCAACCCCACCGUGGGGCGAGAUGACAUCACGCCUUCUCCCGUGGGGUGAGUCGGCCCUCGGGAUUGGGCAGGAGACAGGCCUCUGGGGAGACCGUGGCCGGCGCCCUCGCCCAGAACCCCCCCCCCUCAGCCCGCCUCCUGUAGGGCCCACCUCCAGCUCUCCUGGAGCGUCCCUGGGUCGAGCCGCAGCCCCACGGCCCCCGGCCGCCCUCCUCUUGCGUGGCGCCUCACCCAGCCCCAGGUCCCGCCCUCUGAGCUUGGGGAGGCCGCCGGGCCCCCGCCCCUCGGUACAGUACAGCCCGGGGCGCUCUGGGCGGAGGGGCCCCCGAGGGCGAGGGUAGGGCGGCAGGUGUGGGGUCAGAGGUCAGAGCACAGGCUCCUGCUUGGCCGCCCCACACACCCGAAUGUACGUGCGUAUUUAUUGCUCACACGUGUGUUUGCCAUGUUGUCAAGGGGUCCUUUCCAACCCAAGAGGUACAUUUGUUCUUCUGUUUUUCCUGAAAAAAAUAAAGUUUGCCAAGCGAAAA